GGGGCCGCUGCGGGGCCCCGUCGGAGCGGCAGGAAGCGCCGUGCGCCGCCGCCGGCCAUGUCGAAGCGGCUGCGGAGCAGCGAGGUCUGCGCGGACUGCAGCGCGCAGGAUCCUUGUUGGGCAUCUAUAAACAGGGGAAUUCUGAUCUGUGAUGAGUGCUGCAGUGUUCAUCGAAGCUUGGGGCGUCAUAUCUCUCAAGUGAGACAUCUCAAGCAUACACCAUGGCCACCAACAUUGCUGCAGAUGGUUGAAACGCUGUACAAUAAUGGUGCUAACUCUAUAUGGGAACAUUCCUUGCUGGACCCUGCAUCUGUUAUGAGUGGAAGGCGCAAAGCUAACCCACAGGAUAAAGUACAUCCCAACAAAGCGGAAUUCAUAAGAGCUAAGUACCAGAUGUUAGCAUUUGUUCAUCGCUUGCCGUGUCGUGAUGAUGACAGUGUUACUGCCAAAGAUCUUAGUAAGCAACUGCAUUCCAGCGUAAGGACAGGGAAUCUGGAGACAUGUUUGCGGUUACUGUCCUUAGGAGCUCAAGCCAACUUCUUUCAUCCUGAGAAAGGAAAUACCCCUCUCCACGUUGCUGCUAAGGCAGGACAGAUUUUACAAGCAGAGUUAUUAGCAGUUUAUGGUGCUGAUCCAGGGACGCAAGAUUCCAAUGGAAAAACUCCAGUUGACUAUGCAAGACAAGGUGGGCAUCACGAAUUGGCAGACCGCCUGGUGGAAAUUCAGUAUGAGCUCACGGACAGGUUAGCUUUCUAUCUCUGUGGCAGGAAACCAGAGCAUAAAAAUGGACAGCACUUCAUUAUACCUCAGAUGGCAGACAGGCGGCUCAGUCUCGAUUUAUCAGAACUCGCAAAAGCAGCUAAGAAAAAGCUUCAGUCCCUAAGCAACCACUUAUUUGAAGAACUUGCCAUGGAUGUGUAUGAUGAAGUUGACAGGAGGGAAACAGAUGCAGUUUGGCUUGCUACUCAGAAUCAUAGUACGCUUGUGACAGAGACAACAGUAGUCCCUUUCCUCCCUGUCAAUCCUGAGUAUUCCUCAACCAGGAAUCAGGGAAGACAGAAACUGGCUCGAUUUAAUGCCCAUGAAUUUGCUACGCUAGUUAUAGAUAUUUUAAGUGAUGCCAAACGAAGACAACACGGGAAUCCGCUCGCUGGUUCGAAAGAAAAUGUGGAACUGAUAUUGAAGUCAAUCAGCAAUCAACACAGUGGUGAAAGCCAGGAUAAUGAUCAGCCUGAUUAUGACAGUGUCGCUUCAGAUGAAGAUACAGAUCUGGAAACAAACGCAGCAAAAUCAAACAGGCAAAAGAGCCUAGACUCAGACUUGUCAGAUGGCCCAGUGACAGCCCAAGAAUAUAUGCAAGUUAAAAAUGCUUUGGUGGCUUCUGAGGUAAAGAUUCAGCAGUUAAUGAAAGUGAACAUCAACUUGAGUGAUGAGCUGAGAAUCAUGCAGAAAAAGCUUCAAACGCUGCAGAGUGAAAAUACCAACCUCAGAAGACAGGCCACAACCAAUAUAUAUCAGGUCCAAAGUGGUUCUGAAUACACAGACCCUACCAACAAUUCUUCUUUAAAGCGACGACCGUCUGCCCGGGGUAGCAGACCCAUGUCCAUGUAUGAGACUGGAUCAGGUCAGAAACCCUACCUCCCAAUGGGAGAGGUCACAUACCCUGAAGAAAGCAUAACGAGACUGCAGCCUUUCCCUCCACAUAUCGGGAGGAGUGCGUUUGUGACCUCCUCUUCAUCUCUACCUUCCUUCCCCUCCACGCUUUCCUGGUCAAGGGAUGAAAGCACACGAAGGGCCUCAAAAUUAGAAAAACAGAACAGCAUGCCUGAAAGUGACUAUGAUAAUCCCACCACCAGUUUGGAGCUGGAUGAGACAGGGUCUGUUAGGAAAGGAAGGCAGAGGAGUGUCAUUUGGCAGGGGGAAGGCUCUAUCCCUGAAGAUACUGAUACAGCCCCCAGUUCCAGUUUGCCCAGUACGGAGGAUGUGAUUCGGAAGACUGAGCAGAUCACUAAAAAUAUUCAGGAGCUCUUGAGGGCAGCACAAGAGAACAAGCACGACAGCUAUAUACCGUGCUCCGAGAGAAUACAUGUGGCAGUAACAGAAAUGGCAGCCUUGUUUCCAAAAAAACCCAAAUCGGAACUGGUAAGGACUUCAUUGCGUCUGCUGACCUCUAGUGCCUACAGACUCCAAUCCGAGUGCAAAAAAGCGCUGCCUGUGGAGACCUGCCCCACCACGGACAUCCAGCUGGUCACCCAGCAAGUCAUCCAGUGCGCCUACGACAUUGCCAAGGCUGCUAAGCAGCUGGUGACCAUCACCACCAAAGAGAACAACAACUGAGGCACGCUUCAGCUUGCCAGUCUGCUUGGGUUUUGUAAGGUUGGAUUGCAAAUGUAGGUGUGGAACUAUUCCAAUUUUUACAAGGAAAAGUAAAGGGGGCGAUUUUUUAAAAUUCAGUAUUAUUUUUGCAUGUUUUCUAACCGUUUUAAUUUAACCCACUGCCUUAUUUUGUGUCUGUGUUGCCAGUUUAGUUACAGAUAAUAUAGCAUGUUGCAAAUAGCUGUUGAGCCAGUAUCAGGUACCAAGGUUGUAUCAAGGUCUCCUAAGAGAUUUCCUUGGGGCCAGGUUCUGCUUUCCGAGGCUGCUUGCCCAGGGCCCGUUGUGUCAGCUGCACCUCCCGGAGGGCAGAUCUCACCUUGCUCUGUACGUCCUGGAGCCUCCCUGGAAGUGAAGCGAGGCCCCGAGGGCUCCAGGAACGUCACCUCCAAGCAGCAGAAUGAGAACAACCCGAGCGUUAUCUCUCCCCAUAUCAACUGUUGUGCAAUAAUACAUUUUUAGUCUGAUGAAACAGUAGUAGUUGUGGGCAUCUGAGCUUAUUAAAUGUAACUAUACAAGGUCUUCUGUCACUUUAUCUGUUUUGGAAGGAAUUUAGAAUUUAAUAGUUACUUCUUUUAGUUGUCACUAUGCCAUUAAUAUAUAUGUUUGAUGUUACUUUAGGGCAUUAGUGGUAAAAUAUUAUCCUUUGUUUCUUAGUAACUCAUUCUAAAGUUUCCUCCAGAAUUUUAUUACCUUUUAGUGUCAUCUUCAAGGCAAAAUGUUGUUGUUAGCAGCAUUGUCCAGUAUCUCUUGAGAAGCAAUUUUACUCAAGAUCUUUGUGAUAAUCAUGGGGGGAAAAAAAGGAAAUUAGAAGAGUGCCAGUUCAAAGGAAGUUAUGUCUGCCAUAGGAUAUUGCCUUUGUACCUCAGUGUAUCCAGUUGUGAAAAGAUUUUUUUUAUCCAGGACCUUUCAUGCAAAGCUUUCAAAAUUUUAAAAGCUACAUAUGGAAUAACUCUAGAUCAGUUGCCUAUCAGAAAUGCAGAUAGGUAACAAAUGUCAGUGUAUGUUGUGUUUUUUCAAUUCCUAAGUUCAUAAAAACUUCAAAAAGAAAAUAAAAAGACCUGUGCAAGUCCAUUACUUUCAAAAACAGUAAUUCCUUUAAGAAUCUAAAUUCCAUGGAGAGCCAAAGAGAUUUGGACUCCUAACGUGUCCCAUGUGAACGCGUGCUGCUCUUCUCGACGCCGGUUGUGUCAGUUUAACUGGUAGCCACUCGGAGCAGCAAUUUAGCUGAAAAACAAACCUAGGAAACGGAGAGAGGUGUCACGUGUCAGUGGUCAAUAUAGGAAGGUGUUUUCUGGUGCCAGGGUGACCCUGGAGCCGUUUCAGUGAUGAGUGGCACUCGUCACACGGAGACCCUGCAGCCAGGUGCAGAUGGAGCUUACCGAGAUUUUCCAUCUGGGUGAGUGUUUUGACAGCUUUGCUCACCUUGUCACUCUGCGAGUCGUGUGGAGUUCAGAGGAAAGAGAGCUUGAUUCAUUAACUCAAAUGAGGGGGUAAAUGAACUGUAGCUAGUUGCUUUUUCAAAGAAAAAAAAGUAUUUUGAUAUUUUUGAUGCUAUGAGACUUCACAAAUCCUGCAUGUCAUGCCUGUUUAUCUAUAAACCUGGCAAAACUUGUGAAAGUUUUCCACCAACUAGAUGACUUUUCCUUGUUAUAAGUAAUCUUGUGAGACUUUCCUCUAGUUCCAAAAAUUGCAGGGCCGCGAGCUGCACGUGUUGCUCUAAUCGCUGCCCUCUCAGUGUUAGCAGUAUCUGUAUAAAUGUCAUCAUAUUGUGGUCUGUCUGAACUCAGCCAGCCUUGGUGAAACGCUUGGGUCUGGAAGUGGCUCCCUGCUGUUCCUUAAGCAGGUCCAGCAUAUUCCAGCAUUUUUCUUUAAGGCUUUUGGGUGAAAAUAUGCCAUGUUUAGGUUUACAAACAAAACCUAAAUUUCAGUCGUUCUUUCCUUUUAAGCCCGUACGUGUGUUUGUGCAUACGUACAAACGUUGCCCAAGGGCCACAGUGUUGUUGGAUUCUUAAAUGUUGUGAAUAGCUGCCUGCCUGAAGUAUUUGAGGUGCAAGAGAAGAGGAGUGGAGAGAGACUAGAUGCAGAGCUAGUGCAGUAAUCAUCUCUACGAUCUGUCUUCCUCCACCUCUGAGUCCUGGAACUGUUUCUAGAUUUGCAGGAGUGUAGACAGGCUGGGGGUAGAACUGUAGAAAACAAACACUUAAACUGUUUAAGAAUUAUCAAUGUAUUCAUCUAAUCUCCUUUUAGGACUUUUUGUUUUAAAUUAGCAUAAUGGAAAGGUAGAGAAUGGUGGUUUAAAAUCUCUCAGGACCUUGCUACAUGCUUUUCUUUAACAUAUCCUUCUCUGAUUUCCAGAUAUCAGUUGUCUGAAUUUGCCUCUGUGCCAAAACACAAGUGAACUUUAACUGCAAGCCCUUGUUCUCAAUACACUAACUAUCCAUUUUCUAAGAUAAUGUAGGUUUAAACUGUAAUCGGUUUCCCCUUCAUUCCCAUUUCUGGUGAACUCCAGCUUCUUUGGGCAAAUGGGUGUUUGGGAUUGUGCUGCUGACCCAUGUGUUGUUGCCCCAAACUAGCUUCAUGUGGGAUAUGAAAUUUUCUUAGCUAGCAGUGGAGCAGAAGCAGGGACUGAGCACAUGCUCGGGUACCUCAUUGUGGCUUUUCAAAAGCAGGCAGCGUGGAUCAAAAAUAAUUGUGAAAUUGAGUAGCACAUUAGCCCUCAAGUGUUAUGUAGCACUGCAGGUCAUAGGAUACUGCAAUACCUGAAACAACAAAGGUGACUUUUAUUUUAUGCUUUGAACUCUUUUCUCCCCUUCCCUGCCCCGCCAAAUCCUCUUUACAAAAUGCUGCAUAGGAAAGUGAAAAUGCCUUUUUACAAACUUGUAUUUAUCAGUGUCACUCUGGCUGUACAUUCUGACCUAAUCUUUUGUUUACUGUAUUACUAUAAAAUGCUAAAAUCCUU